AUGUCAAACGAUACCCAACAAGAUAACAACAACUCUUCAGAAGUUAAUAAUAAUGUCGAAAAUAAUGUUCAAGAAAAUACAGAAGAAGAAACACCAAAAGUAUAUGAGAUAACCGCUACUGAUCACAUAAAUAAAAAUAUGUUGGAAAUGUUCAAACAAAGACUUGAAUCUGGUCAAUUCCAAUUUACAAAUCAAAAUGAUAACGAUGAUAGCGAUGAUGAAUUUAAGGAUUAA